AUGCAGGAUGUAGAUAUGGGUAAGAAUGUUUCUUCUCCGAUAUUGCAUUAUAACUCUUCUGGUGUGAAUCGUGCCAGUUACAGAGGGAAGAAUGUGGCUGGCAAUGGUUAUUCUAUGAAUCAGGAGAAGACUCUAGGGAUCAAAAUAGAUAUGGAGGAUAUUGCUGAGGAGGUGAAUUUCUGGCAAUCUGAGAUUGUUUGCUAUGUGCUCAGUGCUAAUCCCCCAAUUCGAGUCCUAGAGGGUUUUGUGAGACGGUUAUGGAAAGAUCAGGUGGACAAAGUAGGAAUCCUUUCUUCAGGUAUUUGCAUUAUUCGUUUCCUGGCCAUGGAAUAUCGUGAUCGUGUGUUGGAUGGGGGUUACUUGUUCUUUGGCAAAAAACCUCUGAUAAUGAAGCCUUGGAAUCCUGUUGAUGAUUUCUCUAAAGAAGACAUUUCUUCAGUUCCGACUUGGAUUCAAUUGGGAGGUCUAAAUAUCAAGUAUUGGGGAGAUCGAUCACUUUUCAAGAUUGUGGGUCAGAUUGGGAAGCCGAUCCAAGUUGAUAACAUUACCAAAAACAGAGAUCGUAUAGCCUACCCCAGAAUUCUUAUUGAGGUUAGCAUGGCUCAGGAUUUUCCUACUCAUAUAAGUUUUAUGAAUGAAUUUGAUCAGGAAGUAGACAUACAGGUGGAGUAUGAAUGGAAACCCAUUACUUGUCAAGCCAAUGUAGAUGUAGAAGGUUUUCAGUCAGUGGUAAAGGGGGUUAAGGUAAAGGAACCUGAUGCCAUUCUAACUAGUGUAACCAAUCAGUUUCACAUGCUGGAAGAUGAUUCUGUUAUAGACCUGCUACAGAGGACCAAUACAGGAAGAGAGGGGGGAGUUCCCUCUAUACUCAAUGGAUAUGAUACUUUGCUGGAAUGUACGAGGGAUUACAGCCAACAUAAGCAUAGAGAGAUUAAACAUUUAAUUCUUUCAAAGAAUGUUGGGUUGGUUAGUCUUCUCGAAACAAAAGUGAAGAAUAAAAAUAUGGGUUCUCUUUAUACUAGUUUGUUUUAUGGAUGGUGUUUCACUAAUAAUAAUCCUUGGAUUGAUAAAGGUAGAAUAAUAGUUGCUUGGAAUCUGAAUGUGUAUUCUCUGGAUAUUAGGUUAUGUACUACUAAGUUGAUUCACUGUUUGAUUAAAGUUCCAAAUCGGGCAGGAAGUUUCCUCAUCACUUUUGUGUAUGGUUUUAAUGAUGAAUUAUCUAGAGAUCAGUUAUGGAAAGAUAUGCAUGAAUUGGCUAUAUCUAUAGCUGCUCCUUGGAUGGUGAUAGGGGACUUUAAUGAGAUUCUUUCUCUUCAUGAGAAAAUAGGUAAAAAGACGGCAGAGGAGAAGAUUUAUUCAAAGAUUGAUCGAGCUAUGGUUAAUUCACAAUGGACAGAUUAUUUUCCAAACUCAGAAGCUAUUUUUCUUCCGGAAGGGAUAUUUGAUCAUAGUCCAGUUCUUGUUCAUUUUUCCUUGGAGUUUACAAUGGAGAAGAAACCAUUUAGAUACUUUCGGAUGUGGAAAGAAGCUCCAUCUUAUGCAGACAAGAUUCAGACUAGUUGGAAUAUUCCAGUUGUUGGUACUGAAAUGUUUCAAGUGGUUUCUAAAUUGAAAAGAUUGAAACAGACAGAAUUUAAGGCAAAUCUUUUACUGAGGGAGCUUCAGGAAAAACUGCAUAAGGAUCCGCUCAAUGAAUGUCUUAUUAAUCAAGAACAAAUGGCUAAAGAAAAUUUCCUCCAUUACCAUAAAGCUUACAUGAUGUUCUUGGCUCAAAAAGCUAAAGUAAUUUGGUUGGCUAAUGGAGAUGAGAAUACUCAUAUUUUCCAUGCUUCUCUGAAGGCUAGGAGGUUACAGAACAGGAUUAUGUCCAUCAGGAAUGAGGGAGGCACUUGGUUGAUACUACAGCUGGUAUAA